CACGGGAGUCGAUGGUGGAGCCACGCAUCAUCAGGAUUCCCAUAUAUAUUGAUCUCACAUCUUCCUUCUCUCUAGACCCGCCCCACUCAUCCUUCUUCAUCAGCACACGACCAUGUCAAGAAUCGGCCCAACCCAGCGAAUCGCGCUCAUCACAGGCUGCUCCUCCGCCAAUGGAAUAGCCUCCAACAUUGCAACUGCCCUUCACUCUCGUGGCUACUAUGUCUUCUGCAGCGUCCGCCACCAGGGCGAUUUGGACCAUCUGGCAGGGAAGAGCGAAUGCCAGGAGGUGAUCAUGGAUGUCACCGAUUUGGAGAGUAUCAAGAGGGCGGCGGCGGGUGUGGGUGAGCAGACUGGAGGAAGGCUUGAUGUAUUGGUAAACAAUGCCGGCGUGGACAUGUUCUCGCCCCUUCUCGAUACCUCAAUCGACUCCCUUCGACAAGUAUUCGAGAUCAACACCAUUGCCCCAAUCUCUGUCACCCAGGCAUUCGCACCUUACCUUAUCGAGACGGCCAGAAAGACGGAGCGCAAGAGCGUCGUCCUGAACGUGGGCAGUAUGGCCAAAUUUGGAGUCCCAUGGAAGGGGGCAUAUUGCUCCAGCAAGGCUGCAUUGGAGUGCCUUAGCGAUACUCUGAGAAUGGAGAUGGCUGGGCUGAAUGUCAAGGUCAUGAAUUUGCAUGUCGGCUCUGUCAAAACCGACAUGUUUGAUAACGGCAAGCUCUUCCCCACUCUCUCCUCUACUCCAAGCGGUUUCUACCCAGCCUGGCCAGAGAUCAAAUCAAGGAUCAAUGAAGACUCAAAGUCCCAAGAGCCCCUGACCUCGUCCCCCAAGAAGGUCGGCGAGCAUGUAGCAAGCCAGAUCGACAAGGUGAACCCUCCUGGUUAUGUCAGAACGGCGAACGGGUCGUUUGCCAUCGACUUGGCCAUGUGGGCACUCAGCAUGGUUGGUCUGAAGGAUUGGUUCUGGGGCAGGAUGUGGUAUACUUGGAUGGUUGGAAGGCCCCAGGACAAGAAGCGCACAUGAGGAGACGUGCACUCUGUAGCAAAGUGAAAUUCCUCGCCUGUAUCCUGAGUAACCAUGUAUCAUUCGUGUCGAAAACCCGAUAGAAACCAAGAUUCAGAA